AUGUCCGCGAACGACGUCCACCGCAGCGUGUGGGGGAACUUCUAUGACAACGAGGUCCUCGAUGUCUCCGACCACGGCGACUCCCCUCCACCCACCCCUGCCACGCCCGCCACACCCAUCGAGGAGGUCCUCCGUUCACCCGCCCCCGCCCCUGUUAACCCCUCGCCCCCCGCCACCUUCUCACCUCUGGCACCGUCGCCGUCCCGCUCAAUCACCUUCCUCUCUGGAGGUUACUUCAAUCCCACCGACCCUGGCCUCAACAUCGGCCUCUGGUACCCACCAGCGCCCUUGUCACCACUCACGGAGCCGGACUUGGAGUUGAACGAUCGGGACGAUCGUGCUUAG